AUGGCCGCGGCUCCAGAUGACGACUUCCCUCCGCUAGUUGCGCAAGAGGCUGCAGCGCCAUCCGAGCUCCCCCACCCGAAACCCGCGUGGGGAGCGCCCCGCGCAGUGUCCCUGCGCGAAUCCCUCCGCGAAUCUGCGGAAGCGGAUCAAGGCGGAUCCGGGAGCUCCGCCGCUUUCUCUAACGGAGCCAAUGCGGUCUCGAGCGGAGCUGACGUGGCAUCAAGCGGGAAACUUGCCAGCGGGUCUAGCGCGGACGCUGCCCCGCGCGGGCAGAUACAUUCCGCGUCCGGCGCCGCCGCUUCUGGAGCGGUUCAGUGUCUUGUAGUGGACGCGAAUGUUCUUAUAUCGGGGACGGCCUCGUUACAGAAAUUUGCCAGCGAGGCAGAGAUUGUGACUGUACGCGAGGUGCUGGCGGAGGUUCGGGAUCGCACCGCGCGGCAGCAGCUGUCCGUUCUCCCCUUCGAUAUCAAAUGUCGAGAGCCCAGUGAUGAGGCGAUUAAGGAGGUACUCCGCUUCGCGCGCGCCACGGGUGACGUGGGCACUCUCUCCGCCGUCGAUUCCAAGCUGCUGGCGCUCGCAGUGACAGAGGAGAUCCGAUCUCACGGCCGCGCGAAUCUCCGCGCCGCCCCCGCCCGCCCGGUGUUUCAGAAGAGGACAAGCGUCGCGAUGCGCCAGGCGCUGCCCGGGUGGGGCGCGGAAAACGUGGCGAAUCCGGACGAGUGGGCGGGGAUCGAUGCAGUGGCGGACGAUGGGGGGAGGGGGAAGGGGAAGGGGAAGGGAGUAGGUGGAUCGCGGAUAUUAGGGGUGAGGGCUUUGGCGGAGGAGGAUGAGAACGCGGAAAGGGAAGAAGGGCGGGAGGAGGCGGGGGAGGGGAAGGCGGGUGAGGAGACGGGUGGUGGGGAGGCGGAGACUGGGGGGAACGGGGGCGCGGAGAGUGUGGAGGCGGAGCUUCAGCAGAUGCACUUGGGGGAAAAUGGGGGAGCGGGGGAAGCGGGGGAAGGGGGGGAAGAUGGUGCGCGGAAGGGCGGAGCAGGUGGGGAAGCGGAUCAGGCGGGGGAGAUGCCCGGGUGGGGGACAGUUGGCGGGGGAAGGGGGAGAGGCGGGGGAAGAGGGCGGGGAGGACGCAGAUGGGUGCCUCGGGAAAUAAAGCCGUUAGUAGCUGAAGAGCGGUUCGAGGGGAAACUAGUAGUGGCUGGGGUAGACGCUUCUAAGCGAGGAGAGCCUGCUGACGUGGCGGGAGGGCAUGCUGACUCAGCAGGGCGAACAGCAGGAGAGGAGGGAGAGGGAGAAGGCGGGGAGGGAGAGGGGGGAGCAGGUGAGGAGGAGGGGGAGUGGGAGGCGGCAAGGGGGAAGAGCGGGCGGCGGAAGUGGAAGCGCAGGGCGGGGAAGCGCGCAGCCAUGGAGGAGCUGGCGCGGAUUGCGCAGGAGCAGGCGGAGCGCGCAGCCGCGCUGGCGGGGGGGACGCCAGCGAUGGGGGGAAAGGCGUCUGCGCUGGCGGGGGGAACGCCCGCGAUGGGGGGUGAUGGUGGCGGGGAGGAGGGGAAGGCAGUGGCCCUGAUGACGUCAGACUACGCCAUGCAGAACGUGGCACUGCAGAUGGGCCUGCGCCUGCUCUCCGCCCAAUCAGGGAUGCGCAUCGCCCAGGUGCACAGGUGGGUGCAGCGCUGCUCUGCCUGCUCUGCGGUAACACCCGACAUGACACGUGUCUUCUGUCCUGACUGCGGAAAUGGCACCACACUCAACAAGGUGACAGUGACGGUGGGAGUGGAUGGCGUGGUGCAUGCAGGUGUGCGCAAGAGGCACAACAUUCGAGGCAGCAAGUUCUCCCUGCCGAUGCCAAAAGGAGGCAGGGCAGGAGCGGCCAAGGACCCUGUUCUCAGAGAAGACCAACUUCUUCCCAAAAACGGAAGGAGGCGAUUCACCAAGAAGAAAGGAAAACCCACUGACGUGCUGGCACCGGACUUUGUGACGUUCUUUGAUGAGGUGGGCGAGGGCAAGGCCGGGGGAGGCGGGGCUGUGAACAGCAGGGCAGUGGUGGCGACGAUUGCAGCGGGAGGGGAUACGAGGAGGAUGGCUGUUGCUUUGGGGUUGAAGAUCAACCCGAACAGGGUGAAGAGGGGCGGGAAGAAGUGA